AGAGCCUGCGGGUCGCGGGUCACGUGACGUGACGUGCGGCCAACAUGGCGACGCUGUGCUGAGAUAGCAGCGUCCAACUGGCCCCGAUUGAACCAGCGACAACAUCGGCCCGCUCCUGGUAUCCUCACACCCCUGCCAAACCGCAGGGAACGGGCCAGCGAUGACGGCCUGACGGACUACUUUAACACGUCAACCGAGAGAUGAAAGAACAGGAAGAGCUGGAAACCCAUCGACGGCAUACGCAGACAGAAAGCCUGAGCACCAAGAGCAUGUUUCUGUCUCGAGCGCUGGAGAAAAUCCUCGCGGAUAAGGAGGUGAAGCGGAGCCAACACAUCCAGCUGCGCAAGGCCUGUCAAGUGGCGCUGGAUGAAAUCAAGCAUGAACUGGAAAAGCAGAAGGAUGGCACUGUUGUUCCUCCCAGAGCUAAUUACAUUGAGGCUGACAAGUACGUCCUGCCUUUCGAGCUGGCAUGUCAGUCCAAGUCUCCUCGUAUUGUCAGUACAUCUCUCGACUGCUUACAGAAACUCAUUGCGUAUGGGCACAUCACAGGGAACGCCCCUGACAGCGGAGCUCCAGGAAAACGGCUGAUUGACCGGCUGGUGGAGACCAUCUGUAACUGCUUUCAGGGACCCCAGACUGAUGAGGGGGUACAGCUACAGAUCAUUAAGGCUCUGCUGACUGCCGUGACAUCACCACACAUAGAGAUCCACGAGGGAACGAUUCUCCUCACUGUCCGCACCUGCUACAACAUCUACCUGGCCAGCCGCAACCUGAUCAACCAGACCACAGCCAAGGCCACUCUCACACAGAUGCUCAAUGUCAUCUUCACCCGUAUGGAGAACCAGGCGGCUCUGGAAGCUCAGGAAGCAGAGAAGGACAGACAACGUCUGCAGCUGCACAAUCCUUCUCCAGUAUCCAGUAACCCUUCUCCUGUAGCCCAGAAUCCUUCCCCAACUCCUGGUCGGGGGUCCGGAUCACCAUGGCUCGGACAAGCCUGCUCAGAACAGAACGGACCCCCAUCCCCCUCACUCAGCCCCACUGGGGUCCCCUCCACUCCUUCCACCCCCCAAGACUCAUCCUCCAUCAAUGGCCAGCCAGAAGAGUCCAAGUCAGAGGAGGAGUUUGCUACUGAUAAACAGAGCACAAAGGAAAUUGAACAGCCAGAAGAAGAGAUUCAGGAGUCAAACCAGACGACUUCAUCAGUGGCAAGAGGUGUUGAGGGAGAGGAGGUCCAUCCACAGCCUGAGACAGAAGCAGGCACUGAGUUUCAGGAAGAGACUGAGCCGGACAGUGGAUUGGGAGAUAGCUCUGUGGAAGGAGGCUUAGAUCAACAUUCUGACUCCGAAACCAAAGUGCCGCCCCCUGUUGUUCGAGUCGACACACAGCAGAUGAACGGAAUGGUGGAUGACCGUGGCUCAGAGUCCUCCAUAGACAUUCUGGAUGCAGAAACCAUUCAGGGCAAUCAGACAGCUGCCCGCUUUUCGCACAUCCUACAGAAAGAUGCCUUCCUUGUAUUCCGCUCCCUCUGCAAGCUUUCCAUGAAGCCCCUGGCUGAUGGACCACCCGACCCAAAGUCCCAUGAGUUGCGCUCUAAGGUGGUUUCCCUGCAGCUGUUGCUAUCAGUGCUGCAGGGUGCUGGACCUGUGUUCCGAACCCAUGAGAUGUUUGUGAACGCCAUCAAACAGUACCUGUGUGUGGCGCUCUCCAAAAACGGGGUCUCCUCUGUGCCUGAAGUAUUUGAGCUGUCUCUUGCCAUCUUCCUUACCCUGCUCUCCCACUUCAAAGUGCAUCUUAAGAUGCAGAUUGAGCACAAACCUCUCCAUGUUGAUUGGUUAAUGAUUAAUUUGCAGGAGCUGAGUUUGAGAAAGAAAGGGCUGGAGUGUCUGGUGUCCAUUUUGAAGUGCAUGGUGGAAUGGAGCAGAGACAUGUACGUCAACCCCAAUCUGCAGGCCAACCUUGGUCAGGAACAUCCAGCAGAGGGCGACAGUGCGGAUGGGAAGCUCCAGGAGCAUCUUUCCUCUCGCAGAGAUAGUGUGAGCUCUAUGGACUCCACUGUGUCAUCUGGAGUUCAGCAGUCUCAGCCAGAUCACCCCGAGCAGUAUGAGGUCAUCAAGCAGCAGAAAGAGAUCAUCGAGCAUGGCAUUGAGCUAUUUAACAAGAAACCAAAAAGGGGGUUGCAAUACCUGCAGGAGCAAGGCAUGCUGGGCACCUCACCAGAGGACAUCGCACAGUUCCUGCAACAGGAGGAGCGACUGGACACGACUCAAGUUGGUGAGUUCCUGGGAGAGAAUGUGAAGUUUAAUAAAGAGGUGAUGUACUGCUACGUGGACCGGCUGGACUUUUGUGGCAAAGACUUUGUGUCAGCUCUCCGUGCCUUCCUGGAAGGCUUCAGGCUUCCGGGUGAAGCCCAGAAAAUCGAUAGGCUCAUGGAGAAGUUUGCCGCCCGCUACCUGGAGUGCAAUCAGGGGCAGACUCUGUUUGCCAGCGCAGACACGGCUUACGUUCUGGCCUACUCCAUCAUCAUGUUAACCACCGACCUGCACAGUCCACAGGUGAAGAACAAGAUGACGAAGGAGCAGUACAUAAAAAUGAACCGUGGUAUUAAUGACAGUAAAGACCUGCCCAAGGAGUAUCUCUCCUCCAUCUACGAUGAAAUUGCAGGCAAGAAGAUUGCCAUGAAAGAGAGCAAAGAAUACUCCAUCACUCCCAAAUCUAGUAAACAGAAUGUAGCCAAUGAGAAGCAGAGAAGGCUGCUGUAUAACAUGGAGAUGGAGCAGAUGGCCAAAACGGCUAAAGCUCUGAUGGAGGCUGUAAGUCACGCUCAGGCUCCCUUCUUCAGUGCCACUCACCUAGAGCACGUCCGGCCAAUGUUCAAGCUGGCCUGGACUCCUCUGUUGGCGGCGUUCAGUGUAGGACUCCAGGAUUGUGACGAUCAGGAUGUGGCAUCUCUUUGUCUGGAGGGGAUCCGAUGUGCUAUCAGGAUCGCCUGCAUCUUCAACAUGCAGUUGGAGAGAGAUGCCUACAUCCAGGCCUUGGCCCGGUUUACGCUGCUAACAGCCAGCUCAAGUAUCACAGAGAUGAAGCAGAAGAACAUUGACACCAUAAAGACUCUCAUCAUGGUCGCCCACACCGAUGGAAACUACUUGGGCAACUCCUGGCAUGAGAUUCUGAGGUGUAUCAGUCAGCUGGAGUUGGCCCAGUUGAUUGGGACAGGGGUGAAGACGCGUUAUAUCUCCGGUGUGGUCCGGGACCAGGGAGGCAGCAUAAAGGGCUUCCCAUCAGGGGGAGAGGAAUUCAUGCCUCUCGGCUUAGGUACUCUGGUUGGAGGUCCAGACAAGCGUCAGAUGGCUCAUAUCCAGGAGUCAGUGGGGGAGACCAGCUCUCAGAGUGUUGUGGUGGCUGUGGACAGAAUCUUCACUGGAUCCACCAGGCUUGAUGGAAAUGCAAUUGUGGACUUUGUGCGUUGGCUCUGUGCGGUGUCCAUGGACGAGCUGGCCUCUGCUCACCAGCCGCGCAUGUUCAGUCUGCAGAAGAUAGUGGAGAUCUCCUACUACAACAUGAACCGCAUCCGUUUGCAGUGGUCACGCAUUUGGCAGGUCAUUGGAGAUCACUUCAACAAGGUGGGUUGUAAUCCUAAUGAGGAUGUGGCCAUCUUUGCUGUGGACUCCCUGAGACAACUUUCUAUGAAGUUUCUGGAGAAAGGAGAACUGGCCAAUUUCCGCUUCCAGAAGGACUUUUUAAGGCCAUUUGAACACAUCAUGAAGAAGAACAGGUCGCCCACUAUCCGGGACAUGGUGAUACGUUGUGUGGCCCAGAUGGUGAACUCCCAGGCUGCUAAUAUUCGCUCUGGCUGGAAGAACAUCUUCUCUGUGUUCCAUCAAGCAGCAUCAGAUCAUGAUGAGAACAUUGUGAACCUCGCGUUUCAAACCACAGGACACAUUGUUAUGAAUACAUUUCAGCAGCACUUUGCUGCAGCCAUCGACUCUUUCCAGGAUGCAGUCAAAUGUUUGUCAGAGUUUGUAUGUAAUGCUGCAUUUCCUGACACCAGUAUGGAAGCCAUACGGCUCAUCCGCCACUGUGCGAAAUAUGUGUCUGACAGGCCGCAGGCACUGAGGGAAUACACUAGUGAUGACAUGAAUGUGGCCCCUGGCGACCGCGUUUGGGUGCGAGGCUGGUUCCCCAUCCUGUUUGAGCUUUCCUGCAUCAUCAACCGCUGCAAACUAGACGUCAGGACCAGGGGUCUGACUGUCAUGUUUGAGAUCAUGAAGAGUUAUGGACACACCUUUGAGAAGCACUGGUGGCAUGACCUCUUUCGGAUCAUCUUCCGAAUAUUUGACAACAUGAAGCUCCCAGAGCAGCAAACUGAAAAAACAGAAUGGAUGACAACAACAUGUAACCACGCCCUCUACGCUAUCUGCGAUGUGUUCACACAAUUCUAUGAGCCUCUCAGCGAGGUGCUGCUGGCGGAUAUUUUUGCACAGCUGCAGUGGUGUGUGAAACAAGAUAAUGAGCAGCUGGCGCGGUCAGGCACAAACUGUCUGGAGAACCUGGUGAUACUGAACGGGGAGAAGUUCAGUUCAGAGGUGUGGGACGUCACCUGCGCCUGCAUGCUGGAUAUCUUCCAGACCACCAGCCCUCAUGCCUUGCUGACAUGGAGACCAGCUGGACAGGAAGAGGAGGUGGGAGAAGGGAAACACAUGGAUGUUGAGGUUGAUUCUCAGUCGCAGAGCAGCUUUGAGAGGACUCUUUCAGAGAGAGGACACAGUCAGAUGUCCACCGCCAGUGAUGAAACCUGGAAAGGAAAAUCCCAAACCAGGGUCUCGGACCACAGGCUGUUUGCAGGGCUUCUUAUAAAGUGUGUCGUACAGCUGGAGUUGAUUCAGACCAUAGACAACAUUGUAUUCUACCCGGCUACCAGCAAGAGGGAGGAUGCUGAGAACAUGGCCGCUGCUCAGCGAGAUGCACUUGAGCAAGCAGAAGAGGGAGAGACAGAGGCCGAUCAGGGCAUGUACAGACACCUGUCAUCACAGCACCUCUUCAAACUGCUUGACUGCCUCCUUGAGUCCCACAGGUUUGCCAAGGACUUCAACUCCAACAAUGAGCAGAGGACAGCACUCUGGAGAGCAGGCUUUAAGGGGAAGUCAAAACCGAAUCUUCUGAAGCAGGAGACCAGCAGCCUGGCAUGCAGUCUGAGGAUCCUCUUUCGCAUGUACGCCGACACACAGCUGCAAGACUCCUGGCUAGACAUCCAGACACGCCUGCUGCAAGUGUGUAGUGAAGCCCUGGCUUACUUCAUCAGUCUUACCUCAGAGAGCCACCGGGAAGCCUGGACGAGCCUCCUGCUGCUGCUCCUCACCCGGACACUCAGACUGCCUGAUGACAAAUUCAAGCCUCAUGCCUCCUGCUACUACCACCAUCUGUGUGAGAUGAUGCAGUUUGACCUCAUUCCAGAGCUUCGUGCUGCUUUGCGGCGAUUUUUCCUUCGCAUCGGCUCCGUCUUCCACAUCGCCACUCCUGAAUUGGGCAAAGCUCAGCGUUCAUCAUCAUAAUGUGGAUCAAAACUGGGAACACAGAUCAGUGAUGAACUGGGAAGAAAGCGGGGCUGUAAAGUGGAUGGAUGGUCUGCGUGUAUAAGCCUCUGCUGUGAUUUGAAGGACUGUACAGGAACGCAGAAUGAUUGCGUGUGACUGUCCCAUACUUUCUUCUGACAGUCCUGACUCAUUGCUGCCAGUCACUCCUCUAUGAGAGAACAGCACUGUGACCCAGCAGGGUGACUCUUCUGCUGUGUCAUCUGUCUGUGUUGUUAAGAGUCAUGAGUCAUAUUUGUUUAUUUUUAUUUGGACUUUCUUCUGGAUGGCUACGAAAAUAAUUUAUUACCAGUACUGCUGUAUAUCUGGUUUCUGAUCGUCUGUUGAUUUCAUUGUUUUGGCUUUUGUCCUAUCUGUAAAUUUUUGUCUGUUUUAAAGGCUGAAGAAAGAUAGACAUACAGAAAUGAGAUCAUCCUGUUAUUAAGAGCAUGUAAAUGACACCCAAUGUGCAAUGAGCUUGUGCCAUUGAAUAAUGGCAUAUUUGUUAACGAUUUGUUAAGGUCCAAAAAUGCCCAUUAUCAAUGUCCUUUAUUGAUUCAUCAUACAAUUAAACAAUUAUCUCUGAUUUAAAUUCACUCAAGCAACCUACAGAGGUGUUUGCAUUUAAAAUGCUUAUAGUUUGGGGUAAAAGACUUUAAUUUGGUUUCGGUGUGUUCACACUAAACCCCAAAUUGUCCUAAGAAUGUAACGGUUGCUUUCAAAGCAUUUGGUGUUUAUUUUACAUGUCGAUGCUUACGCUUGCUAAUCCAGACCAGGCAGACACUACCAUUUCUUCUAUGCCACACAUCAUGCUCAUUUGGUUUCCAUCAUAUUCAGAUUUAUUGCCUUUUUAUUUUUUUUUAAGGGUUUAUUCAUUCAUUCUUUUCUUUUUUUUUUGGUUCAUAUUUAUCAUUGAAAUCUUAAGACACCUAAUGAAUAUUUAAUUUUAGUGCACUAAAGUUUGCUUAAUAGAUUUUUUUUAAAACUAUUCAUUUUUCAAGUGCUGUUCACUCUUGAUUUGGAGUCAGACUGAAUCAGUUUACGGGAUGGAUGCCAGUCACUGAUGAUGAAUGGCAUCAGUGUUCAUUACCAUAAAACAAGUGAAGUGGGAGAAAUACAGGAAUACAAAUGUACUGUAUAAUCCAGGUAUAUCUUCAUUAAACCCCAGCAACAUAUGACUUAUUAGUGUAUUACCCUUGUAGAUUCAACUCCCGAUUCAUUUUCAUUAAGGAUGCAUUUCAUUCUUGAAGUGCAUUUAAAUAUUUUCUGAAAAGCAUUCCUUCCCUUGCAACUAUGGAUGUCUACUUUGCUUCCCUUGAGACUGGGAAAUAUAAAUAUAUAUAGUAUAUGAAGAAAUACAAUGUGUAAAGUUUUCAUGUAAAAUAUACAGAAUAAUGUUAAACUGUAUACAUAUUGUGAUGUAAUCUUACAAGCAUUUGGUGAAGUAAUCAAUAAAGUUUGAAAUUCUGAACCAUU